AUGAAAAAGAGAGGUUUUUUACCUGAUGUUGUUACUUAUAAUAUUCUCAUUGGGGGUCUUUGUUGGAGGGGUAAACUUGAUUUGGCUUUAAGGGUUAUGGAUCAGUUGUUGAAAGAUAAUUGUAGGCCAGAUGUUAUAACUUAUACUAUUUUGAUUAAAGCAACUAUUAUUGAAGGUGGUAUUGAUAAGGCUAUGAAGCUUUUGGAUGAGAUGUUGUCGAGAGGGCUUCGACCUGAUGUGUUUACUUAUAAUGUUGUUGUUAAAGGUAUGUGUAAAGAAGGGUUGUUGGAUAGAGCUUUUAAGUAUCUUAGUAGUAUAAGUUGUAAGGGCUGUGUUGCUGGUGUGAGUCCUUAUAAUCUUCUGUUGAAGAAUCUUUUGAAAGAAGGGAAAUGGGAAGCUGGAGAGAGUUUGAUGUCUGAUAUGUUGGAUAAAGGUUGUGAGCUGAGUUGUGUGACAUACAGCAUAUUGAUUAGUUCGCUUUGUCGUGAUGGCAAAAUUGUCGAGGCUGAGAAUGUGUUGAAGGGUAUGAAGAAGAGAGGGUUGGCUCCUGAUGGUUAUUGUUACAAUCCAUUGAUUUCUGCUAUUUGUAAAGAAGGAAAAGUAAAUUUGGCUAUAGAGUAUUUAGAUAACAUGAUAUCAGAUGGUGGUUUGCCUAGUAUUGUUUCCUAUAACUCGAUCUUGGCUUCUCUGUGUAAGAAUGGACAUGCUGAUGAGGCUUUGAACAUCUUUGAGAAGCUCGGUGAAGUGGGCUGUCCUCCAGAUGCAAUUUCUUAUAAUACAUUGUUUGGUGCAUUGUGGAGCAGCGGCGAUGAAAUUAGAGCGUUGAGGAUGAUUUUGGAUAUGUUAAGCAAAGGCAUUGAUCCUGACAAGGUCACCUAUAGUUCACUUAUUUCUUACUUGUGCAGAGAUGGAUUCGUGGAUCAGGCAAUUGAGUUGUUGGUUGACAUGAUGGAGAGUCACAAGUAUCAGCCUGCUGUUAUUAAUUACAAUGCUGUUAUUUAUGGAUUGUGCAAGGUACAAAGACUCAUAGAUGCUAUUGAGGUGCUCGCUGCUAUGAAUCAGAGAGGAUGCUUGCCAAAUGAAAAAACCUACAUAUUGUUGAUUGAAGGGAUUGGUUGUGGAGGAUGGCAAAAUGACGCGAUUGAGUUGGCUAGCUUGCUUGUUAAUAUGGAUGCUUUAUCGGAAGAUUCAUUCAAACGUUUGAAUCUAACAGUUCCUGUGUUUGAUGCGCAAAAGAGCCUGCAGUAUUAG